AAAGGGAAAAUGGCGAGUGAGGAAGAGGAGGAUGAAGAUGAAGAGGAAGAAAAACCCCAAAAAGCCCCGAAAUUUGCCCCAAAAUCCCCGAAAUUUCCCCCGAAUUCCUCGGGCUCGGAUUCGGAGGAUUUGCCGUUGGCGAAAUGGGCGGAAAAAGGGAGAAAACGGGCAAAGGAGGAGGAGGAGGAGGAGGAGAGGAGGAAGAGGAGGAGGAGGAAGGCCAAGGAGGAGGAAGAGGAGGAGUGGUGGAGGCGCGGGAAGGACCCGCCGGAAGUGGCGCGGUUGAAGCGAUACCUCCGAGCCGCCGGGGGGCGCCCCAACUACAAGCAGCUCUUCCGGAAGUGCCGCAGCCGCCGCGAGGUGCUGGAGGCGCUGAGGGGAGCCCUGCGCGACCUGGGGCUGCGCGGCACCCCCUCCCUGGCCCGGUGCCGCCGCCUCGGCCGCCGCCGCGAGGAAAAAGCCGAACUCGCCGCCUUCGACGCCUCCAACAUCUUACCCGCGAGAUCCCGGCGGAGAAACCCCGAAAAUGCCCCAAAAUCGCCCCCGAAAUCGCCCCUUCCCCCCCCGGAUUGGUCGCGGCUCCGCGGCGUCGUCAGCUCGGACAGCGAGUGAAGGGAAUUUGGGACUUUUUUUUUUGGGGGGAAUUCUCGGGGUUUUGGGGUUUUUUUUUUUUUAA